CGGAUCUAUACUCUCCCUUUGGACAGUAUUAUCAAAGACUAUGAUUGGUGUUGGUAUGCUUGGCCUUGCUUAUUCUGUAUCAAGAUGUGGCUGGGUUAUUGGUAUACUAGCUAUCAUUAUCAGUGGUUUGGCAUCUCUGUUCACUCUUCAUCUACUUAAUCGAUGU